AGGCCAACUAACAAAAACACACAGUGGCAGGCGGACUACUCAAAGCUAACUCGAACCAAUUCUCCCUCGUCUUCUCCGCCCCUGCCCGGCCCCCCUAAACCCCCCCUUUUAUACUACACACACACACACACUCCCCACACUUCAUUUCCAGAAAACAACCACCACUCCUCCGCCAAUCCACCGUCGCAAUGGCCUCCAUCUCCUUCUCCGCCUCCGUCUCCUCCUCCACUCAAUUCAUCCGCCCCUCCGCAUUCUUCCUCAAACCACGCUCCCUCUCCCGCCUCCCCCUCGUACGCGCUAAGAUCCGCGAGAUCUUUAUGCCGGCACUCAGCUCGACCAUGACCGAGGGUAAAAUCGUCAGCUGGAUUAAAUCGGAGGGCGACGUCCUCUCCAAGGGCGAAUCGGUCGUUGUUGUUGAAUCCGACAAAGCCGAUAUGGAUGUCGAGACUUUCUACGACGGAAUUCUAGCCGCCAUUGUUGUUAACGAAGGCGAGACGGCUCCCGUCGGCGCGCCGAUUGGUCUUUUGGCCGAAACCGAGGCCGAAAUUGCCGAAGCUAAGGCUAAAGCCGCCGCUCAAUCCUCGCCGGCACCGGCGCCGCCGGUCGAGCAAUCCGCUCCCGUUGCUGCGAAAAUUGAAUCUCCGGCGGCUCCCGCAGUUGCCGCUGCUCCCCCAACGCCGGGGAAGUUGGUGGCGACUCCGUUUGCGAAGAAAUUGGCGAAGCAGCACAAGGUGGAUAUCAGUAAAUUGGUCGGGACAGGGCCUUUUGGUAGGGUUACGCCGGAGGAUGUGGAGAAGGCAGCUGGAAUUACAGCUGCUCCCAAGCCUAAUUUGGUAGCGGCGGCUGCACCAUCAGCGGCUGCUGCAGCACCUGUGGUAUCUCCUCCCAAGGCUGAAAAAAGUUUCCCUGAGAUUCCAGGAUCAAAUGUGGUACCUUUCACUGCCAUGCAGUCUGCGGUGUCGAAGAAUAUGUUGGAGAGUCUAAGCGUGCCGACUUUCCGAGUCGGCUACCCGAUUGCCACAGAUGCCCUUGAUGCUCUAUAUGAGAAGGUGAAGCCGAAGGGUGUUACCAUGACUGUGUUGUUGGCGAAAGCUGUGGCAAUGGCGUUGGUUCAGCAUCCGGUGGUGAAUGCUACAUGUAAAGAUGGGAAAAGUUUUACUUACAACGGCAGUAUAAAUAUUGCUGUGGCUGUGGCGAUUAAUGAUGGAUUGAUCACACCUGUUCUUCAAGAUGCUGAUAAGUUGGAUCUGUAUCUGUUAUCUAAAAAAUGGAAGGAACUAGUCGAGAAGGCUCGGGCAAAGCAGCUUCAACCCCAAGAGUACAAUUCAGGGACUUUCACAUUAUCGAAUUUGGGCAUGUUUGGAGUGGAUAGGUUUGAUGCUAUCCUUCCUCCAGGGCAGGGGGCUAUUAUGGCUGUGGGAGCAUCAAAGCCUACUGUUAUAGCUGACAAAGAUGGAUUCUUUAGCGUCAAAAACAAAAUGUUGGUGAAUGUUACAGCCGAUCACCGAAUAAUCUACGGGGCUGACCUGGCAGCAUUCCUCCAAACCUUCUCAAAAAUCAUCGAGAACCCAGAAAGCUUGACGAUGUAGAUCACUAAGAAGAAGAUUCAGGUUAAUAAUGACAACCAAGUCUUACAGAGCCCGUGUUUCAGUACCAUGUUAGAGUUUCCGGCAAUUUUGUUGUAUUUGAUUCUUCCUCCUUUAUCGAGAUCUCAUUCAACGGAACAUCAUCAAAUAUCAAAAGUCGUUUCCAAAACUUGUCAAGACACA